AUGGAAGAUAAUAAAUUUCUCGGAAAGAAACACCCAGACAGCACAGCUACCUCAGACAAUCAUGACGGCUGCUCUGUCGUCGCAGAGCAUACGCAGGAGGUACCAGUAAACUUCGGACUCCUGUCUCUCACAGGCCUAGGCAUCAUCAUUGGAGUUGUUUGGCCUGCUUCUGGAGGUUCAAUUCAAGUUGCAAUCUUCAAUGGCGGAUCUCCAGGCGUUCUAUACGAGUUCAUCGUCGUAUCCUUCUUCUACUUCUUCGUCGCCGCAUCCCUCGCCGAGCUCGCGAGUGCCAUGCCCUCCAGCGCGGGCGUAUACUACUGGGCCUCUAUUACCCCUGGGAAACGAUAUGGCCGGGUCAUUGGCUUUUUUGCUGGCUGGUGGAACUACCUAGGCUGGAUCUGCGCUGGUGCAAGCAUGGCUGCGAUAUGGAGCAACAGCAUCAUCCAGAUCUAUGCACUGAAACAUCCCGACUACAUCGUGAAAGAAGUUCAUGUAUUUGUGGUAUUUGUUAUCUCCACAUGGCUCGCCUGCUUCUCGGUCUGUUACGGUGGCCGGGCAAUGCCUCUUCUCAACCAGUUCGGCAUCUACUGGCUCCUGAUCGGCCUGCUCAUCACGAUCGUGGUUCUUGCAGCUGUACCUCUUCGAAGCGGAGGGAGUGGCCAUGCAACUUCGUCAUUUGUAUGGCUUGAGUGGCAAGCCGACCUUGGAUACCCUAAUAUCAUAGUAUUCCUUGGCGGCAUGUUGAACGGCGCUUACAGUGUUGGAUGUCCUGCAGCUGUAAGCCAUUUGGCUGAGGAAAUACCCCGUCCGCAGAGAAAUGUGCCUCUUGCGAUGGGCCUUCAGGUUGUCACAGGCUUCAUCACGGGCUUUUCGUAUCUGAUCGCUCUUAUGUACUCCGUCCAUAGCUACGACAGGAUCUUCGCGAGCCAAUUUCCACUUGCCGAGAUUUACCUGCAAGCUACUGGAUCAGCCGAUGGAACGAUUUGUCUCCUGAUUCUCAUGCAGACAUGCAUCGGUCUAAGCAUCGUCGGUCUUUACAUCACAUGCGGACGAACAUUGUGGGCAUUGAGCCGCGACGGAGCGACGCCAUGGCCAUUAGUCUUUUCCAACUUUAGCUUGAGGUUCGACGCACCCAUCAAUGCAACCAUGGCCUCUGCGGUGCUCGUCACCUUGAUGGGAUGCAUUUAUGUGGCAAGCAAAACAGCGUUCAACGCUAUUAUCGGUUCGUUCGUACUUAUGUCUUCGUCUGCAUACACCGCAGCGGUCCUGCCUCACCUUCUUACAGGACGAAGAAAUGUCGUAUAUGGACCGAUAAGACUGGGUAAAAAGCUGGGUUUCGUGGCUAACGCGAUUGCGAGCACAUAUAUGGUGAUUGCUUUUGUUAUUUACUGCUUGCCCUUUUCCUUACCUGUCACUGCUCAGAAUAUGAACUAUGCCUGCCUAGUCUGGGGUGGCUCGACCCUGCUGCUAUGUAUGUACUGGCUGUGGAAAGGGAGACACGGGUAUACGGGACCCAUUAGGGAGAUAAAUAACUAA